GCAGCUCCAACCGUUAAUCUAAUCAUUAAUUCCAACCUCCAUGUACGCAUCUUAUUUACGCAUAUUCAAUAUCUAAUUCAAUUUCUACACAACAUCCGACGCAAUCCAGCACACCAUGGCAGAGCUCUUCGUCGUCCCCAUCUCCACCGGCGGCCAAUUCGUCGGCACCACCGCUUCACACGACCCCAAAGAUAGCAACAUCUAUCUGCUCACAUUCACCUCCGGCGCCGACAACCGACUAACGCCUGAAUUCCUCGACGCGUUUCUGACCUCGCUGGAUAUUCUCGAGCAUCGCUUCCCCAAGGGGGUCGUAAUUACCACCAGCGGAAUCCAGAAGUUUUUCAGCAAUGGUCUAGAUCUGGAAAAGGCGCUAACCACCGAGGGGUUCUUCGAUAAUCACCUGUACAAACUGUUCCGCAGGUUAUUGACAUAUCCCAUGCCGACAGUUGCGUUGGUGAAUGGCCACGCCUUUGCGGGCGGGUUCAUGACGGCCAUGUACCAUGAUUUCCGCGUGCAGAACCCGAGUAAAGGAUUCGUCUGUCUGAACGAGAUUGUGCUGGAAAUCCCGCUGACGCCGCCUAUGCGCACCGUGUUUCUGGACAAGAUCAAGGACGGGCCUACAAUCCGUUCUAUCAUCGUCGAGGGCAAGCGGUUUGCAGGGCAAGAAGCCCUCAGACUUGGAAUAGUCGAUGCCCUGGGCGGGUUGGAAGAGGCUGUUAAGUUUGUGCAUGAACGGAAGUUGCUGGAUAUUGGAAAGUCUUCGGCAUUCGUAGCGCUUAAGGAAGGGCUCUGGAAACGGACGUUGGAUGCGAUUGAUAAUAAGGAGGCGAAUGAUGCAUUUGACAAAAGGAACCAGGAUUGGAGGGAAAAUUACGUGUCAGAGGCACAGAAACGGGUGCAGCUGUGGGAGUCAAAGAAGGGGGCGAAAUUAUGAAAUAUUUAUUUGAUAAAGUGUACUG